AUGAAAAUCUCAGCUACUCUUCAUCGUUCAUUUGUUUUCCUCCUCUCACUCCUUCAAUUAGUAGCUCCACAAUAUUCAUCUGAUUCUCGCCAACAAUUCUUACAAUGCCUUUCUCGCUUAACUCCAAACUCACCUUCCAUAUCCAACAUUAUCUACACUCCACAAAACUCAUCUUACAAUUCUGUCUUACGUUCCUCCAUAUGUAACCUUCGUUACGCAACUCCCAGCACUCCUAAGCCUUUUGUCAUUGUCACGCCAAUGCUCGAUUCCCAAAUCCAGACAGUCAUUUACUGCUCGAAAAGACAUGGAAUUCAGAUGAGGAUCCGAGGAGGAGGACAUGAUUACGAGGGACUGUCUUAUGUUUCGAAAGUCCCUUUCGUGUUACUUGACAUGAAUAACUACCGUUCGAUCAAUGUCGACGAGGUGGCGGCCACUGCAUGGGUCCAAUCCGGUGCAACAUUAGGCGAAUUGUACUAUAACAUUGCGCAGAAAAGCAGAACACUUGCGUUUCCUGGUGGCGUGUGGUACACGGUUGGUGUAACUGGACUUAUAAGUGGUGGUGGAUAUGGCCCUUUGAGGCGGAAAUAUGGGCUAGCGGCUGAUAAUGUGGUUGAUGCUCGUCUUGUUGAUGUUAAUGGGAGGAUUUUGGAUAGACAGAGUAUGGGGGAAGAUCUUUUUUGGGCGAUCAGAGGGGGCGGGGCUUCGAGUUUUGGUGUCAUUCUUUCGUGGAAGUUGAGGCUCGUUUAUGUUCCAAGGAAUGUGACCAUUUUUCAAGUGGACAGAUUUUUGGAACAAAAUGCGAGUGAGAUUUUGUACAAGUGGCAAUUUGUUGCGCCUAGGCUACCGAAAGAAGUUGAUCUCAGAGUCGCGGCAUCUCCUUAUUGGAAAAACAUGCCUAAUCCAAUCCUCAGGACUGUCCUCAGUUCAGGUUCAAGAUCAAAUGAUGGUGACAAAACGGUGAGCUUGAGAUUCUAUGGCUCGUUUCUUGGGCCACGAGACCAAUUCUUUGCAUUGAUGUCGAAAAGCCUCCCUGAAUUGGGUUUGAAAGAAGAAAAUUUCAUGGAAAUGAAUUAUAUUCAAGCAUUACUCAUGUCUUCCCUUUUUAGUCCCCUUGAUUCCCCUACUCAACUUCUGGGGAGAUCUUUAUAUUCCAUUCCCUUUAAGGCCAAAUCAACAUUCGUCGAAAGGCCAAUCUCGAGAGAUGAUUUAGAUGGGAUAUGGAAAAUUCUGCUCCAAACAGAUCCACCAACAGCCAAUAUGCGAUUCACAUCUUACGGAGGCCUAAUGGAUGAGAUUCCCGAGUCUGCAAUUCCAUUCCCUCAUCGCGCUGGAACAUUGUACAUGACAUACAUGAGAGUCACCACCGAUGGAGAUGCUGCGAAAUCACUGAGAUGGAUCAGAAACAUCUACAAUUACUUAAUGCCGUAUUCCAACCCGUUCCAAACUGCGUACGUUAAUUACAAUGAUCUGGAUUUGGGAGUGAACAACCAAAAUGGUCCGACAAGCUACGAACAAGCAAGUGCAUGGGGUAGAAAAUAUUUCAAGCAGAACUUCGACAGAUUAGUCGCGGUGAAGUCGGUGGUUGAUCCUGAUAAUUUUUUCCGGCAUGAGCAAAGUAUCCCUCCCCUCCCAAUUUAA